GUGGAGUGUGAUGCGGUGAUUGUCGGCUCCGGCGCUGGCGGCGGCGUCACUGCAGCGCUACUGUCAGAGGCCGGCGCCAAGGUGGUUGUGCUGGAGAAGGGGCGAUUCACGCCGGCGGCUGAGCUGCCGCUGAGGGAGCGGCAGAGCUUUGAGGAGAUGUACGAGAUGGGCAGCCUCAUGACCACCCAGGACGCAGGCGUGAACAUUCUGGCGGGGUCGACGCUGGGCGGCGGCACGCGCGUCAACUGGCAGGCAUCCUUUGAGACGCCGGCGCACGUGCGGCGCGAGUGGGCCACGGAGCAUGGCCUGCCAGCUAUCGCCUCUGAGCAGUAUGACCGCGCCCUCCGUGCCGUCUGCACCCGCCUCGGCGUCACCACAGGCAUCAAGCAGCACAGCUGCCCCAACGAGAAGCUGAAGGCGGGGCUGGAGGCGCUGGGGGUGCACUGCGGUGAGAUUCCGCGCAACUGCAGCCGCGAGCACAGCUGCGGCCACUGCUGCUUCGGCUGCCCCUCCGGCGACAAGCAGGACGCCACCGGCACCUACCUCGCCGACGCCGCCAGAAUAGGCGCCAAAAUCUUCACCGGUGGGCACUCCCUUCCUUUCUUCCAGCUUAGAAAUGCAUGGAUGAAGCGCCGUGCGACCGGCAUUGCCGCGCUGACCACGUCCGCCUUCCCCAAUGGCCGCCAGUGGCGGAUAGUGUUCAAGGCGCGGUACGUAAUCAGCUCGGCCGGCGCGUUGCACACGCCCGCGCUGCUGCUGCGUAGCAAGAUCUCCGUCAACGGCAACGUGGGCAGGAAUCUGCGCCUGCACCCGGCCACCGCCGUCAUCGGCGGAACGCUGGAUGUGCCCGAGGAGAUACUGACCUGGAAGGGCUCCAUCUUCAGCGUGUUUAGCAAUGCCGUCGCAGACUGGGACGGCUCUGGCUACGGUCCCCUCCUCCAGACGCCCUCGGCGCACCCGGGGCUGAUGGCGGCGUCGAUACCGUGGCUGUCGGGGGUGGACUACAAGCGGCUGUGCGCGUGGAUGCCCUACGUGUCCAUCGUGCUCGUGCUCACUCGCGACCGCGGCUCCGGCCGCGUCACCAUCGGCAAGGACGGCCUGCCGCGCCUGCGCUACUGGCCAGACGCCCACGACCGCGCCAACAUGAUGAAGGGAAUGGAGGCCGGGCUGCGCGCGCUGGCUGCCGGGGGAUCCCUGAUGGUGGGCACGCUGCAGGGCGGCAGCCGCGAAGCCACGCGCUUCGAGGCGGCCCGCGGCACGAACGGCGCCAUGACCGACCCGGCCGCCUUUGAUGGCUUCCUGGACCGCGUCCGCGCAGAAGGCAUCCACAAGAAUGGGAUGACAGUGUUCUCGGCGCACCAGAUGGGCACCGCGCGCAUGGGCGCCUCUGCCAAGACUUCUGUGGUGGACGAGCGCGGCGAGUGCUGGCACGUUGCCAACCUCUACGUCUCAGACGCCUCGCUGUUCCCAACCAGCACCGGUGUCAACCCAAUGAUCACGGUUGAGGCAAUGGCGUACAUGGUUGCGGAGGGGCUGGCC